AUGUCAGAAAACGAUUUAUCGCGUCAAUAUCAAGACCUUUACACACUCAUAAAAUCAGGCGGCAAAAUCGCUUUGCAGCUUGUCUCAACUACAAUGUGGCUAUCAAUCAACACAGCUCUUUUUGUCCUCAGUUGUGGGUCUUUAAUCAGAUGGAGACCAACCCAAAGUCAGAGAAAUAAUCCACAGUCUGUAAAGAAGUCUGAAGAGUCAAAACUUGAGGUAAAUCCUGAAGAUAAUAAUGGGAAAGUUCCUAGAACUCCUUCUAGGGCAACUAUGAUAGAUCUAUUGGAAAAUCAUGAAGUGAGUAGAAAGCUAAGCUGGGCCAUGAGAACGAGGGAAUCUGAAGAUGUUAUCGUUGUACCAUCUCUAUCUCUGCCAAGAACUGAACUUGAAAAAGUGCCUGGAGCUUUGAAUUAUGAAGAAAGGCUGCUAUGCUAUUUAUUUUAUUUACUCCCCCCCCAUCCUUGAUCGAACGAUUGACUGUAAAAAUUCCUAAAAAUUGGGAAAUUAACCCCCAUCCUUGAUCAAGCGAUUUUCAUAUCAUGCAAAUUUUUUAAAUAUAUAAAAAUAUAUUAGUUAUCAAAAGUUUGGGAAGAUGUACCUAAUGAAGUUGUUGUCAGAGCUUUGAGACGAUUGAAAGCUGCGGAAUCAACCAUCCGAAGUGAUUUAGCCAUCAAUCUAGGCUUGAAAACUCAAUAAUCUAAAAAAAUAGAGAUUCUUUAAAAUUUAAAAAAAAAAAAAAAAAAUUUAAUUCUGUAAGUAACAAAUUAAAAUUUAUACAGUUUAAAAAGGUAACUAAUAAAUCAAAAUAUUAAAAUUGAUAUUUUAUGAAAUUAAUUAAAUUUUUUGCUGUAAAAAUAAUUAUUAAAUACUCUUAACCCUCUUAUUUCAAAGUAAAUAAAAAAAUAUAUAUAUAUAUUUUUUUAUUUUAUAUAUUCCCGAAAUUUUGUUUUUAACCCCAUCCUUGAUCGAACGAUGGCGAGUCGUUCGAUCAAGGAUGGCGGGGGGAAGUAGUUAAUCCCAAGUUAAAAUUGGUAUACGCCACUAGUAUGCCAAUUGAAAAGUCGAUUAUUGAUUAUUAUUUAGCUCUAUGCGUUUUUAGAUAAUUCUUUCAAGAUAGGGUUCUGAGGCUGAUAAAAACCAUAUUUAUUAAAUUUAGAAUAUUAGAGCAAUCAUCAUUAAUAACUGUCGAAGAAGCCAAAAAACGACUUUUAUUAAUAAGCUGCAAUGAUAGCUGCCUCACACCUCUUUCUUCCAAACUUCUGAGGAGGCCAAAAUUAUUGCAAAAAAUUAAAAAUUUCAUUGACCCCAAAAAAGCAUAUGUCUGCUGCUAUAUAAGCUCUAAUCUUGAAAGAAAGCUCGCCUUAGAGCUAGGAGUCCCUUUAUUUGCAAACGACCCUUCAUUAAGCUACUGGGGUACAAAAAGUGGUAGCAGAGAAGUUUUUGAGAGGUCUGGGGUGCUAUUUCCUAAAGGCAGCAGCUUACUUUAUUCAAUUGAAGAAUUAUCUCAAACAAUUGCGAAAAUUUACACUGAAGAAAACUAUGAAAUUUCUCAAUUUAUAGUUAAGCUUGAUGUUGGGUUUUCUGGGCGAGGAAAUUCAAUUAUUAAGACUAAAUAUUUUAUAAAAAAACAAUUUAUAUAAAUAAAAUGGCAUUCGGUUCGAGAGAAAUUUGGCUCUGCCAAUUUUCUCUCCCUCAUGGAAUUUUAUUUAUGGGGUUGGGUUUUCUCUCGAGAACUUCUGCACAGCAAUAGUCGUUUAACUUUGGGGAUAACCAAAGGGCACGACUCCUCAGUGCACUCAAGAUUUCGGAGUUUUACCUCUCAGCACGUCCCCACGGGAGGAUGACCCUUAGGCGGAACACGCGCAGGAGCUGAGUCUGGACGAGCGACGGCAAACGCGCCGGGUGAGAUGUGCGGCGAUUUAUCUGGCGACUAGCCUCAUAGAAGGCUUGGGUGUGGGCUGACCACAUAUUCCAAGAUGGCUUGGUGACGUCACUAGUUGUCGCUUUGACCCUUUUUCAUUAAGGGGUGUGGGCACUAGACACCUUAAAAACUAUGUAACUAAGUAAGUAAGAUAAAAACAAUUUAUUGGAGUCUAUUAAGGUAGCUUUAAGCCAGCAUUUAGAAUUCACAUGUGAAGGGGAAGACUGGGAAAGCUUUGUCGAAAAAGUAAAAGUCCAUGGAGUUAUUGUUGAAGUGUGGGUAGAUGAUGCAAUUUCCUCACCUUCAUGCCAAGCCAUAAUAAAUCCAAAAGGUGUUGUGGAGAUUUUGUCCACUCAUGAACAAAUGCUUGAUGGGAUGAUUUAUAAAGGCUGCAUUUUCCCAGCAAAGCCUGAAUAUCGGACUAUUUUGAUAGAAAAUGCAUUUAAAAUUGGAAAAGUUUUGGCUGAAAAAGGAUGCAGAGAGAGGUUUGCAAUUGAUUUUGUAGUUAAGAAGGAAAAUGAAGGCUAUACGAUUUUUGCUAUUGAAAUUAACGUCAGAUGGGGUGGCACAUCACAUCCUAUGAUGACUGCGAAGUAUUUAACGAGUGCUGAACUGUCGCAGGAUGGAGUUUUAGUGGGAUGUGAUGACCAAAAUAAAUAUUAUGUAGCCACUGAUGCGAUACAAAAUGAUGUAUAUACAGGAUUAACCCCUACUUGUUUCAUUGAUUUUAUAAAUUCUCAUCCCGACUUGCAAUUUGACUCGGAAAAUUUGACUGGAGUCGUUUUUCACUUGUUUUCGACCAUUUCGGAAUUUGGGAAUUUUGGCUUUGUAGCUAUUGCUAAUUCUCCGGAAGAAGCAAGUGAGCUAUAUGAUAGCACAGUAAGGAUAUUGGAAGAAGAAGCUACUGAGGUGAGUGCAAAGAAACAUUUUGCAGAACUAGAUAUGAACAUAAUUCACCCUUCUAACUAA